CGUUCUGCUGCUGGAGGCAGGCGGCGACGAGACCUACGCCAUGGAUAUCCCUUUCUUCAAGGGGCCGAUUCCGUACGCCGACUGGAACUUCACCAUGGCUGCCCAGAGGAACGGCGGCUGCCCGCUGGGGCCCGAGGGGCGGUGCCUGUGCUCGCGGGCGAAGGUGAUGGGCGGCUGCACGGUGCACAAUUUCAUGGCGUACGUUCGCGGCAACAGACGCGACUACGACUCGUGGGCUGCAGCCGGCAACGAGGGCUGGCGCUACGAAAGCCUGCUGCCGUACUUCAAGAAGUCGGAAAACGUGCAGAUCCCGGAACUUCGAGGUAGUCCUUAUCACGGCACCAAAGGUAACCUAAUGAAUAGCUACCCAUACGAAACAGUCCUCACCAACUACUCCAUGGAAGCUGCUCGACUUCUCGGCAUCCCUGAGGUGGAUUAUAACGGUGAAAAUCAAACGGGAAUUUCUCGCAUUCAAACCACAACUUACAAAGGCACCCGUUGGAGUGCAAACCGCGGGUACCUUCUGGGGCUGGACAGGCCCAAUCUCUUCGUCCGAAAGUAUGCUCUGGUGGUUAAAAUCAUCAUCGAAAACGGCACAGCUGUGGGUGUAGAUUACGUUCGGAACAACAAGACUUUCCGGGUAUUCUCCAGGAAAGAAAUUAUAUUAUCUGCUGGUUCCAUCAAUUCCCCACAGCUCCUCAUGCUGUCUGGAAUUGGACGGAAGGCUCAUCUGGAAGAAUUGGCAAUUCCUUCAAUUGUAGACUCUCCAGUUGGUCGCACUCUGUUUGACCACGUCAUGUUUUUGGGAUUGGUUAUACAAGUAGAUGUUCACCUUUCACCCAGCCGCUUCGAAAUAUUAUCUGACUUUUCUAACUACGUGCGUUACAUUUUGAACCAUGAAGGUCCCUUGUCUGGAUUCAGUGCAGAGGCCCUACAAUUCUUCGAGGAAAAAUAUUCUCCAAAGCAGUAG